AAACGAACGCGUUUGGACGCAGACGCUAGCAAGGAAACCCACCGUAAGCGAAAAGCAAUAGAAUUCAGAGAGAGAGAGAGAGAGAGAGUCUCUGUCUCUUUGAAUUGAUAAUUUCAAUCUUCAAUUCUUCAUAUCCGCAAAGUGCAGAGCUCUAAUCUUUCGCGUAUUGGGUUUUCGUUUCUCUCUUUGUUUCCGAUCGAUCCAAUUCUCUUCCCAUGGCUACGAUCGGACACAACAAUCUCAAUGCUAAAUUGGUUCUCCUCGGGGAUAUGGGUGCCGGUAAAUCCAGUCUCGUUUUGCGCUUUGUUAAGGGUCAAUUUCUCGAAUUUCAGGAAUCAACAAUAGGGGCGGCCUUCUUUUCACAGACACUGGCAGUAAAUGAUGCAACAGUGAAGUUUGAGAUUUGGGACACGGCAGGACAAGAGCGAUACCAUAGUUUGGCUCCUAUGUAUUACCGAGGCGCUGCUGCUGCUAUCAUUGUCUAUGACAUCACUAGCGCAGAGUCCUUUACACGGGCUAAGAAGUGGGUCCAAGAACUUCAAAAACAAGGGAAUCCUAACAUGGUCAUGGCUCUUGCUGGUAACAAGGCUGACUUGGAAGAUAAGAGAAAAGUGACAGCUGAAGAAGCACGUGUGUAUGCUGAGGAAAAUGGUUUGUUCUUUAUGGAGACCUCUGCCAAAACUGCAGCCAAUGUUAAUGAUAUAUUUUAUGAAAUAGCCAAGAGGUUACCAAGGGCUCAGCCAGCACAAAAUCCACCAGGGAUGGUUCUUGUUGAUAGACCUGCCGAAGGAACAAGGGCUGCAUCAUGUUGUUCAUAAAUAUUUGAGCUGUAUUUGCAUCCCCCCUCCCCCCUCAAAAAUUAAUCCUGUUUUCUGUGGUUUGUAUGUACUACACACUUUGAUGUCACUGUUUUGUGGAGCUCCAACAAGUUUAUGGUUGCAAUUUAUAAAACAACUUGAUGGUGCAAAACAUAUCCUUUCAUGUGUCCCUUCAUUUGUUUGAGUAUUAUGUGUUGAAAAAGCAUAAAUGUUAAGGUUCAUUCAUAUGUUUCUAGACAAGAUUUAUGAUUCUUUGCAUUCUCCCUUACUCUGAGUUGUCUCACACCUUUUUUUUUCUUGUAUAAAAAACUCCCCUUGUUACC